UUCAAGCCGGACGUAUUUUUAAAUUGCGACAACAAUGGCUGCCUUCAGUAGUCGAUCAUGCCUCCAGUAUUUAUUGCAUCUUGCCCAGGAUAAUCUAGACUUCAGGUUACCGGAAAUAAAAGCUCUGCUGGCUCUCAGAGGGAAACCAUUUCGUCCCUGUGAAAACUUCAGAGAAAAGUCUCCUUUCUGGUGCCUGGAUGGUUUGUCUGAGGAAGAUGUCCACAGCAUCAUGGCCAGAUCUGUGUGUGCAAAGUCUGCUUUUGAACUGUGGGGCCACGGGCAAACACACAGUGAACUCAGAACAUCCCUUCUGAACUUCCCCUCAGAAAUCAUGAGUCCAUUCAUGCACAAAGACUCCACAUACAGGAUAAACGUCUACACAUUCAACAAAACGUUGCUGUUUGCAGACAGAAUCAAAAGGAUCGAUGCCUUGGAGUAUCUUCCCUUUGAGGGGAGAGUAAGCCUUAAGAAUCCCCAGCACAUCUUCUGCUUAUUAGAGGAUUACGGCACAGACCCCAACAAUAUCCCCGAGGAUCCUAAUUACAUCUACUUCGGCAGAUGGAUAGCAGACGGUCAGCGUGAUCUGAUUCGCUCCCACAGUGUGAAGAACAGACACUUCAUAGGAAACACCAGCAUGGACGCUGGCCUCUCAUUCAUCAUGGCCAACCACGCCAGGGUCAAACAGGAUGACCUAGUUUUUGACCCAUUUGUAGGCACAGGGAGCCUGCUGGUUGCGUGUUCUCAUUUUGGAGCUUAUGUAUGUGGAACUGACAUUGAUUACAACACUAUUCACGGGAAAGGUCGGUCAAGCCGUAAAAACCAAAAGUGGCGAGGGCCCGACGAGAACAUCAGAGCCAACCUGCGGCAGUACGGGGCACAGAAGAUGUACGUGGACGUGAUGGUGUCUGAUGCCUCCAAGCCUGCGUGGAGGGAUGCUGCUCUGUUUGAUGCUAUCAUUACUGACCCUCCAUACGGUAUCCGGGAAGCCACGAGGAGAACAGGCUCCCACAAGGACAUUGCUAAACCUGCUGAAGGCGUUUUUGAAGAGUCUCACGUCCCAGUCUCACAGGCGUACCACCUGAGUGACAUCUUCACAGAUCUGUUAAACUUCUCCGCCCACCACCUGGUCAUGGGAGGGAGGCUUGUCUACUGGCUGCCUGUCUACAGGCCAGAGUACUGCGAGGAGAUGGUUCCUCUUCAUCCAUGUCUCCAGCUCAUCAGCAACUGUGAGCAGACACUCUCAAGCCACACCUCACGGCGUCUGAUCACCAUGGAAAAGAUCAAAGAACCAGAGGAAUUUGAUAGCCUGGCCCAUCUGUCAGAUCCCCGCUUCAGCGCCUACCAGGGCCACAAUGCCUUCAGAGAGAAGUACUUCAGUGGACUUAACAAAAAGUCCACCAAGGAGAACAACAAAUCUGACGUUAGCGGGGACUGAACGCAUCAGUGGGAUGAAGAUCACCAAAUUUCCUCAGUGUCUUAUCAAAAAAGAUGAAACUUUUUAAUCAGCGCAUUGUUGUCAGUGCUCUCAAAAGAAAAACAAGUUAUCCCAUUUUUAAAAAAUCUAUUUGUUUUUUAUUUCUUUGCAAAUAAACCAAAAAUGUGCGUGUUCUUUCUGAGUGGUACUUUUGAGAGUCUGAAAUUGGGUAAGAGAAAGGGAAACGAAGUGCAUCUCUAUAACAAAUAUUUUCUAAUGUAAUAUUUAUAAUUUAGCUGUUAAUUGUAAAAUGUGGUAAUUAAGAAUUGACCAGAGUCCCCAAAACAUGGAUCCAUGAUGCAGGUUGUGCAUAGUUCAUAAUGUGGAACGUUCUACCUGGAAGACACCAGUGUCUAUGUAUGUAUGUCACAUGCUCAGAUACUAAAAACCCAAAUAUAUG